ACGUGCUGUAUUAAUAAUUUUAAAAAUAAAAACAUUAAUUAAAUUUUCAAUUGAAUAGCAAAUAAUUUAUUAUUUUUUUACAUAACAAAAAUCAUAUUAAAAAAAAUUAAAAAAUAAAAUAAUGUCUGGUUUUGGUCGUCGACCUAACUAUCAUCUCAUAAGACCAUCGACGGUAAUAACAUCGUCAGACACAAUGCGGCCAUCGUUGACGACUACCAGCAGUAUCGGCGGUGGCGGUGACCGCAGCGACCAACAUAGCUGGCGGACAACAGCGGGAAGAGAGCCGUUUAGGCCAAAGGCUGGCUUAGUUACCGCUGGUGCCGAUACCGAUGACAACCGAAUGUCGGUUAUCAAAGGUCUGGACACUAGCCGUGACAGGGAUGAGCUGACAGCCGUUCGCCGACUGGUUAGGCAGUGGUCUGAUCCGAAAUUAAGUGAAUAUUUUGUCCAAUCGGUUACCGGUAAUAUCAAAGGCCGUUACGCUAGCUGUAAGGUUAACCUGUUUGUAACGGCCGCCAGUCCGGCAGCCAAUCGGCUGCUACUUCAGGCUGCAGAUAAGUAUAUCAAUAAUAGUAACGGUGGCGGAACUGCUAUCAAAUGGGAGGCAUACAAGAGCCGACAGCGACAGCAACCGCCACCAGUACCGGCUGGCCAUAGGACUGGACAUCACGGGACUGGUCAUCAUCACCAGCAGCAGCAGCAGCUCUUUCGCGGUAACGAUGACGGCUCGCAUACGGCUGGCAAUUGUAAAUCGGUAAUCAAAGGAUUGGACACCAGAGGUGUCCGUAAUUUGACUGAUUAUGUCCGCCAGUUGGUCGACAUCUGGAACGAUGGGACAGUUAGCGGCCGUUUGAUUUCAAAAGUAGAGACCAAUACCCGCGGACAUGGACCCGACGUUCUGGACGGUAAAGUCAACUUGUUUGUAACGGCUGUAUCGAGUGAGGCCAGCCGUGCGCUGGUAGUGGCCGCCAAACGCAACGGUAUUCAAUGGAUAAAGUAUAUGAGCAGUGGUGGCGGAGGCGGCAGACAUACCCGUAGUAACAGUGAUAGUCGUUCAGUGAUCACCAAUGAUGACGACAACGACGACUUUAGCGAUAAUAAUGAUGUCGAUGAUAGUGAUGACGAUUCAUCAUCAUUAUCAUCAUCAUUGGCCAAUCAAUAUCAUCCAGGUGCCAGACAACGACCGACACCACCACAAUCACUAUUCAAUCAACAAAAUCAACAAAAAAUUAAAAGCAAUUUUGAUAGGAAUAGAGUCGCCAAACAAUUAGGAAAUAAAUCGCUUAGUGAGUUUGUCUAUUGUAAGCUAUGUCUGGAUCAGCGGCCCACUGAUGAGUGCCAACAGUUUGGCACCGCCGGCGGCGGCGACUGUCGACACGUAUUUUGUCGGGAAUGUUUGUCCCAGUAUUUGGACACUCAGAUAACGGAUGGUCUCAUACAUCAUAUCAAAUGUCCGGACGACCAGUGCACGGCUGAGGCCGCCUACGAAUUGGUUUGCAAACUGUUGAGCCGUAAAUCGCUGGUCAGAUAUCAUAAACUGUUGCUCAAGAAAACUGUGGAAACUAUGGAUGAUAUAGCCUAUUGUCCCAAAUGUAACGAUUCGGUUGAGAUCGACACCAACCGAAAGUAUGGCUACUGUGAACAAUGCGAACACCCAUUUUGUACGGGUUGUCGACGAAAAUAUCACGGCUCGCAAAGCGCGUGCAUCGACAAUGACCGGGCGCUUAGGCAACGGGCGGCCGAAAUCCAAGAGUCCGAGAGCUAUAUUAACGCACAUUUCAAGCACUGCCCUAAAUGUGAUAUACCCUGUGAGAAAAUUGAUGGUUGCAAUCAUAUGCAAUGUAAAAUGUGCAUGGUACAUUUUUGUUGGCUAUGUUUGAUGGAUAUUACCGAUAAUGAUGAGAUACAACAACAACACUGGAGGGCUAAAUGUAAACUAUUUGAAUACGAAUCGGAUUAA